AUGUCCCUUACAUUGGGGGUCAGUGGGAAGAAUGUCCCUUACAUUGGUGGAUCAGUGGGAAGAAUGCCCCUUACAUUGGGGGUCAGUGGGAAGAAUGUCCCUUACAUUGGGGGUCAGUGGGAAGAAUGUCCCUUACAUUGGGGGUCAGUGGGAAGAAUGUCUCUUACAUUGGGGGUCAGUGGGAAGAAUGUCCCUUACAUUGGGGGUCAGUGGGAAGAAUGUCCCUUACAUUGGUGGUCAGUGGGAAGAAUGUCCCUUACAUUGGUGAUCAGUGGGAAGAAUGUCCCUUACAUUGGGGGUCAGUGGGAAGAAUGUCCCUUACAUUGGUGGUCAGUGGGAAGAAUGUCCCUUACAUUGGUGAUCAGUGGGAAGAAUGUCCCUUACAUUGGGGGUCAGUGGGAAGAAUGUCCCCUUACAUUGGGGGUCAGUGGGAAGAAUGUCCCUUACAUUGGUGGUCAGUGGGAAGAAUGUCCCUUACAUUGGUGGUCAGUGUGGAAGAAUGUCCCUUACAUUGGGGGUCAGUGGGAAGAAUGUCCCUUACAUUGGGGAUCAGUGGGA